AGCGGCCCCACUUUAGCAAAGAGCUUCCUUGACCUUCAUCCCAUCUGCGACUCCAACAAGCCGCGGUACGUAGGAUUACUUCCUGCUAUUCCUUGUGUUUGCGCCCUCAACACACACUUUCAACCGUCAGUCAACGACAAACGGCUAUCCCAAAUCAGUCAAUGCUCACACAAACAAACCUCGACGUCUCAAAUUUCACAAAUUCAUAAUUUCAUAAUCCCUACCUCCCGCGCCGCGAUCUCCAGUGUCUGGCGCGUCCUCUGCCGACCCGCUUCAGAUCCCCUCCCCUGUCGCGCGCGACCAGAAAACUCGACCACUUACUUUCCGUGCGCCACCAGAAUUUUGACCCUGGCAAGCUCUCCCCAGCCUCCUCAAUAUCAUCCUCUCUAGCUGCCCCCCGACCAUACCCAAAGCCCAACGUCGCUUCCUCUUUCAGAUUUCUCUCACCCAACCUCUUUUUGAAUCCCAAAUCGACUUUGCAUCGCGGUGCUGGAUUCCCUCGCAACCACACAAAAUCACACGAGCUUGUUUCCGUCGCCACCCUGGUGGUGACGCUCAAAGCUGUCCACAAUACCAGCUCUACGUGCCCAUGAAGAGCACCCCACAAGCUUGACCGACCCAAACUUUGAAUCUUACGACCGUUACGAACGUUACGACCACCCAACCACCUUAUAUCAGCGCCAGCAGCAGCAUCACCUUCCUCCUCGCACCCCCACUCCCCUCCUCGUCCGCGACCACGACGGACGAUCCACGCCCUCCUCGCACAGAUCUCUCAGACGCACCCCAAAGUUCGAGGCUGCCACUUCGAGCCCUAGGUCCAGCCAGCGAACUCCUCGAAGGGUCCACCUCGAGGCUGUCUCUGUUGGGAUAAGUCCUAUUGCACUUUUCUCAACAGCCGGGCCGCCGGGAACCCCUCUCGAUAAGGGAAAGGCCAAGGAGGUUGCACCGCUUCCGGAGCAGAGCCAGACCCGCCAAGAAUCUACUGCACCUGAAAGGCCUGUUGGCCAGCCCCCAAGGCGGAUACUCUCUCAAGAUCUAAGCGAGGAUCCCGACGAUCAAGAUUCUACUGCUCCUGCAGAGUCUCCUAGAGAAAAACGCGUCUCGUUUGUUUCACAGAAGACAGGGCCUGAACCUCAUCCCGUCCUUCGCAUCUCCAAGCACACGCACAGUGCCAUCCUCUGGGCCCUCGAGGAAGCCUUGCGUUAUCCUAAUCCCUUCACGCCGGAUCUGAUUGAAGAGAGCGCAUCCAUGGCCGAUCUCCUACAUGGAGGCCCGGCGACGACCAAUGGGCAGGCUCCAGGAUCAUCCCGCCCAACGGCACCGCCGGCUCCUGUAGGCUCGCCCGCCAGCGGCAUACGUGGUCCUAAGAUGAUCAUGCAGGAACGACGCGAGCGUGAGCAGCGGCGCAAGGAUGAAGCGACGCGUCGGGAAGCAGAGGCGCGAGAGAGAGAGGAAUUAGAACGCGACGCACAAGCCGAUCAGGAGCAGCGCAUAUGGGAGGAGCGCGAGCGCCAGCUCCGGCUUGAGCAACAGAGGCAGCAGGAGAUCUCAAAGGAACUUCAGAUGCGCGAGCGCGAGAGAAGGGCUCAACAACAACAACAAGCUGCUGGCGCUGAUAUACCACCCCAAUCAAUAGAUCCAGCAAUUCAACGGAGGCAACAGAGAGCCGCCGAAGCGCAUGCAGCGCGAUUAUUAGAUGCACAACGACACGUAUCACAAACUCAGGGUAUUGCGGCAGGACAGCAAUUGUCGCACGGCUCACAGCAUAGGAGGUCUUCACAAACCCAACAACCAGGAGCACAACAUGCAGGAGGUCCCAGCUUCUCGGGCCCGCCCCCAACAUCAGCCGUACCUGCUCCCACAAGUGGGCCUGGCUACCAGACUGCCGAGCCGUCUGCAACAGGCGCCAACUCGAGCCGUCCUAGGAACUCAUUUCCCCACGCAUUUGAGCGGUGGGAGGCUCUAUCGGCGCAUUGGGAGGGCCUGACAAGCUUCUGGAUUCGUCGCCUGCAGCAGCACACAGAGGAGAUUGAGCGUGACCCGCUCUCACAGCAGCUUGCGAGACAGAACACCGACCUCUCAGCCGCGGGCGCCAAUCUCUUCCAUGCAGUAGUCGAGCUGCAGCGAUUGCGUGCCUCUUCAGAGCGCAAGUUCCAGCGCUGGUUCUUUGAGACCCGGACGGAGAUUGAGAAGCUUCAGGAGCAAAAUGCUAUCCUGAACAGAACUAUAGAAGAAGAGAGACAGCAACACGCAGACGCGAUUCGCGACGCAGUAGAGCACGAGGGCGCCAAUAGCAAGAUACAGCGGCAGUUGGCCGAAAUGCGCAAAGAGUUGCUCAUCAGCAAGGAGGAGGCACGGCGGGCCUGGGAGGAGCUGGGCAGGAGAGAGGAGGCCGAGCGGGAAUGGACGCAGAGCUUGCAACAUGGCCUGCCCACUAGCGUUGGUGGUGUCCAGGUCGUGCCGAUGAACGCAGGCAUCCCCUCGCGCAACACUAGUACUAGAGAUGGCGCGCAUCAGCAGCAACAACAACAACAGCCGCAGCAGCAGCAGGUCGAGUACGGUUCAUCGGCACAGGCUGGCCCAAGUGGAUCACACCGACCGGCAUCCUCUGGCAGCCAUAGCGCGAACAUGCCACCGACGACAAGCAGUGGCGGUCAGGCAUACUACCAACCACAAAUGCCGGCGGCUGCAGUACAUGAGCAGCGCAGCUACGGCGAUGGUCGGUCAGAGGGUGGAUAUAGCGAAGGCGAGUAUGCCAUCGACUCUCACGGCAACUUCAUCCGCGAUUCGAUGGGCAACAAGAUUCCUUUCCGAGGUGGCACCACAUCACCCGCCGAGGAGGGAGCGCCUUCUGACCUGGGACACCACAUGGCGGAGGACUACGACAUGAUGCCGCCUGGGAGCUCGCACAGUGGCGGUAUCCCGCCAGCGCUGACGUACCCGCCGCCGCCCCGGGAGCCUCCUCAGUGGCAGCAGGAGCCCCAGCCCCCAUCUGCAGACUAUGCAGGCCAGGGAUACGGCGCUCCCGGAUGGGAGACAGUUCCUAGGCAUAGGCACCCGACGCGUUUGAGUGUGAUCGAGGAAGAUGAGAGGAGUCGGGCCAGCAAGACCACGAGCCAGAUCAGUCGACCUUGAAAGGGAGUCAUCCCACUCCAGUGGCGAUUCCGCUGUCUUGAUCAACGUACAUCACAGAGGUUACGCAACAGUAACAGUAUUUGUUUGUGGAACAAAGCGCGUCGGCUAUGGCUACAUGUGGAUUGGUACAGCCGGCAUGGUUGCAUGAAUAUCCCAAACAAGAAACCAACCACGUGCCUUGUUUCUUCUUCUCAAUUUAAUUUUGUAUUUGAUCUUUGAAUCUACAAAGGCGAGGCGUUUCAAAAUAUUGCGGACAUUGCUCCAGACACUGGCUGGAGUCCUUGCAUUUUUAAAUCUUUUCUUUAGAUUCUUUUCUUACAAUCGAUGGGCUUUCGUUCCUUCAUCUCUACUUAACUUCCUCCCCGUCUUUUUUUCCUUAUUGUUCAUACAAGGGGUUGUGGCUGAAGGUUCUAUUUUACUCGGGAAUGGCUUAUUACUUCGUUCCGGAAAGUCUGGAGUGGUCUUAUUAUCUUCCCUCAAAAUUCUCUUAUACUGCAGCUUCGUUUUAUUAACUCAACAUGGCUGUUGAAGUUAAUAGCUACUAUCUACCUUCUACAUCAUCACCCGGCGAGGUUUUCGGCUUUGGCGGAGGCGAUGGCUUGACUUUUCAGGGCCUUUUUUUGUUGCCUUGAGUAUCGAUGACUUACUGGAUACAUUGGGAGGUUAUUUCUUUCCCCCCAUCAAUUUCAGAAGAGAGGUGGAUGUAAUGGGGCUCAGAGUAUCAAAAAAUUGUACAAUGAUCUUUUUUCAAUUCUUCACAUUUCACAUGCUUUUUAAUGCUGUGACGUCGGUGGUCUGAUGAUUGUUCCUUUCUUGGCCUAUCC